CAGGCUGGUAAACUCCAGGCCUCCCAAAAAGGGGGGGGGCAAAAGCAGCUGGCUGUGUAAACAAGUAAAACGAGAUGGACAAGGAAGCUCUGCAGUGAGUCCAGCCCCACGUCUCCUCUGCUUGCUGGGCGAGAGCCUGGAAUCAGCUGGGGCUCCUUGCUGUCACGGCCCUGAAACCCAAGUGGUAACCCAGGCACAGGAUAGCGUUGCAGCUUUUCUGUAUUUACUGAAUGCAGAAAGAGGAUUCUCAAAAACAUGCUGUUGUGUGGUGCAGGAAACCAGUUCAUGUUUAAGAAUCAUAGAAUAUCCUCAGCUGGAAGGAACACAAAAGGAUCACUGAGUCCAACUCCUUACUCCACAUGAGACUACCCAAAAAUCCAGAAUUUCUUGGACUCCAACUGACAGCUCAGCACCAUGACCACUGCCCUGGGGAGCCUGUUCUAAGAUGCCGGGCACAGCAAGGCAUGACCGAGAGAUGGCAAUUCAGGCCAAAAGGAAUCUGUCCAAAACCACUGACCCUGUAGAAAGACUUCGACUGAAGUGUUUAGCAAGAGGAUCUGCAGGCAUCAAAGGACUUGGCAAAGUAUUUCAGAUUAUGGAUGACGACAACAGCAGGACCCUUGAUUUCAAAGAAUUUGUGAAAGGAUUAAAUGAUUAUGCUAUGAUGAUAGACAAGGAAGAAGCGCAAGAGAUUUUCCGGAUAUUUGAUAAAGAUGGCAGUGGAACAAUAGAUUUUGAUGAAUUUCUUGUUACACUGAGACCUCCAAUGUCGAAUGCCAGAAAAGAGAUCAUCAUGCAGGCAUUUAGGAAGUUAGAUAAAACUGGAGAUGGUGUCAUCACAAUUGAAGACUUACGAGGGGUGUAUAAUGCAAAGCACCAUCCCAAAUACCAAAAUGGAGACUGGACAGAAGAUCAAGUUUUUAGGGCCUUUCUGGAUAAUUUUGAUUCACCUUAUGACAAAGAUGGGAAGGUCACAACAGAAGAAUUCAUGAACUACUACGCAGGAGUCAGCGCCUCAAUAGACACUGAUGUCUAUUUUAUCGUCAUGAUGAAGAAUGCUUGGAAACUCUGA